AUGGCAUGGAAUUUGAAGCCGGUUGCGGGACUGAAAAGAGACUGCUUCGAUGUGCUUGACAGUAGGUACAAGUUCUAUUUAUCUUUUGAGAAUAGUUUGUGUGAUGACUACGUCACAGAAAAGUCACUUCAUCUUGUAUUACGUCACAACAUUGUUCCAAUUAUUAGAGAUGCGUCCAAUCGUACCUUGUUCAGUCCCCCGAAAUCUUACCUGGAUACCAAGGACUUUCGUGACGUCAAGUUGCUAGCAACACGCAUUAAAUCCAUGAGCAAUAAUUUUGACGAGUACAAGAAAUACUUUCUCUGGAAGAAAUACUUCUCCGCUGAAACAACUGAUGGAGUGUUGCAGUCAAUCUUGUGUAAUAUUUGUAAACGUCUACACAACCAACACAAAUAUAAGAGAAUCUACAGAAACGUGGCGGAUUUUCUAUUUUCACGAGGAAAGGAAUCUUCGAUUUGUCAUGAACCGGCUGACUUUUAA